AUGUCUCAUGCUGUUUGGGGCACUGAAAAUCUAUCACAACGAGUAGUACGGAAACAAAAAAAUACGAGAGAUCGUCGGCAGUUAUCUCCGAGAAAAAAAGAGUUACUGCAAACACAUUAUAGACAUUAUUUACAAGAGCAAAAUUAUUCCGUAGAAAAGUUUAAUAUAGAAGUAAAGGAAGUAACUGUUAAUAAAUAUCUGGACCAAGCUAUUCAGUCAGCUAAAAAAAUUAACAAUAGCUAA